AUGUCCCGGCGCAAGAUCUCCUCGGAAUCCUUCAGCUCGCUGGGCUCGGACUACCUGGAGACCAGCCCGGAGGAGGAGAGCGAGUGCCCCGUGGCCAGGCUCUUCUGGAACGGCAGCCGGAGCCCCCCCGCCCAGUCGGGCGCCGCCGCCGCCGGCCCGCCGCCCGCGCCGCCCGCAGCAGCCUCCGCGCCGGCCCCCACGGGCUCCAGGAGGGCUCCGCGCCGGCGGAGGGUCAACCUGGACUCCCUGGGCGAGAGCAUCAGCCGCCUCACCGCCCCCACGCCCGAGACCAUAAGGCAGACUCUCCAGAGGACCCUGCAGCGUUACGAGCAUCAGGCAGUUGGUUACAGGGAUGCUGAAAAGAACUUCCACAAUAUCUCUAACCGAUGCUCCUAUGCAGACAACUCUGGCAAUGAUGAAACUGAAGACGUCUCAGGAAUUCUCCAGUGUACAGCAAAUAUACUUGGCUUGAAGUUUGAAGAACUGCAAGAGAAAUUUGGGGCGGAAUUCUUCAACAUCUGCUUUGAUGAGAACGAGCGAGUCCUCCGUGCGGUGGGUGGCACCUUACAAGAUUUCUUUAAUGGCUUCGAUGCCUUGCAGGAACACAUCAGGACUUCUUUUGGAAAGCAGGCCACUUCAGAAUCCCCUUCUUUCCUAUGCAAAGAGCUCCCUGAAGGUAACCUUAUGCUCCACUACUUCCACCCACAUCAGAUUGUUGGUUUUGCCAUGAUGGGCAUGGUCAAGGCAGCAGCCAGGAAGAUCUACCAACUGGAAGUUGAAGUGGAACAGAUUGCCAACGAUGAACUCUGUUCUGAGGACUCCAACCCAGGCAACUGCAGCUGCCUCACCUUUAUUAUCAAAGAGCGCGAGAAAGCAAAUAUCACAAAAGCGCUUCCUCUGGGGACUUCCCAGUCUCCUGCAGACUUGAGGAUAAGCAUCAGUACGUUCUGCAGAGCUUUCCCCUUCCAUCUGAUGUUCGAUCCCAGCAUGCUGGUGCUGCAGCUGGGGGAAGGUCUUAGGAAGCAACUCAAGUGUGACACUCACAAGGCAUUGAAGUUCCAGGACUGCUUCGAGAUAGUUUCUCCAAAGAUUGGUGCCACCUUUGAACGAGUCCUUCUGAGACUGUCCACACCCUUUGUGAUCCGGACCAAGCUUGAAAUGUCUGCCUUUGAAAAUAAAGAUAAGGUGAUGGAAAUCAAAGGGCAAAUGAUCCACGUCCCAGAAUCCAGUUCCAUUUUGUUUUUGGGUUCCCCUUGCGUGGACAAGCUGGAUGAACUGAUGGGCCGAGGACUCCACCUUUCAGACAUACCAAUCCAUGACGCUACCCGCGAUGUCAUCCUUGUUGGGGAGCAGGCAAAGGCUCAGGAUGGCUUGAAGAAGCGGAUGGACAAACUGAAGGCAACGUUGGAACGAACACACCAGGCCCUGGAAGAGGAGAAGAAGAAAACGGUGGACCUUCUUAUUUCCAUAUUCCCGGAAGAAGUGGCUCAGCAGCUGUGGCAAGGGCAUCAAGUUCAGGCCAGGAAGUUUGAUGACGUGACCAUGCUCUUCUCGGACAUUGUUGGCUUCACAGCUGUCUGUGCUCAGUGCACCCCCAUGCAGGUGAUCAGCAUGCUCAAUGAGCUCUACACGCGAUUUGACCACCAGUGUGGAUUUCUGGAUAUCUAUAAGGUGGAAACAAUAGGCGAUGCAUACUGUGUGGCGGCCGGGCUCCACCGGCAGAACCUAAAUCAUGCAAAGCCCAUAGCCCUGAUGGCCCUGAAGAUGAUGGAACUGUCAGAAGAGGUUCUCACGCCAGAUGGAAGGCCUAUUAAGAUGAGGAUAGGGAUUCACUCAGGAUCUGUUCUGGCGGGAGUUGUUGGUGUAAGAAUGCCAAGAUAUUGUCUUUUUGGGAACAACGUGACUCUAGCAAGCAAAUUUGAGUCAGGAAGCCAUCCACGCCGCAUCAAUGUCAGCCCAACAACAUACCAACUUCUGAAAAAGGAAGAAAAUUUUAUCUUCAUCCCUCGAUCCCGUGAAGAGCUUCCAGACAACUUUCCAAAGGAAAUCCCUGGGAUUUGUUAUUUCCUGGAGGUCAGAACUGGUCAGAAGCAGCCAAAGUCCUCCGUCACAUCUGCCAGAGUGAGAAAGAUUUCCUACAACAUUGGCACCAUGUUCCUCCGGGAAACAAGCCUAUGAGGCCCGCUGCAGAUCAAAGACUCAUCACAAAAGCACAAGCCCAGAACUGGGUCAUGACAGGAGAAAGGAGAUUCUUUCUGUUUCACUGCAUUGUUCCAAGCAAGCAGUUAAAAAGCUCCGUGAAAUGUCAGGCAAUAAUUCUUUUUAAAGGUGGGUGACUGCUGUCAGUAAACAAACUGGAAAAGGGGAGGGGGAACAGGGGUUUUAAAAAGAAAUUAAACUAAGCAAAAUACUUCUCAGUUGCUGGAGCUGCUGUUGGUCAUAAAUGUCCAUGUGGUUAAAAAAAAAAUCACAGACAUCCAAAUUAAUUUGCUGUUGAGGGACACAUUCCACGCAGCAAUGGGUUUUUUCCAGUGUAAGUUCCAUUUAAAGCAAUGGAGUCGCUGGUAGAUUGCUUCCUUCUGUUCAGAAAUGGGUGGGUGAUUUUUUUAAAAAAAGGGCAUAGCACUCCCACCUCGUCAUCCUCCAUCUGUGUCAGUAGAACUGGUGCAGGCCUUCUGCACUGACACCUGUAGAAUACAAGUAAGAUUCAGAGCAGCCGGGUUUCGGUGAUAUGUUAAAUUUGCACCAGCAAAGUAGAGAUUUCUGAUUAAGAGGCAUUCUUGCCAUUGAAAAUGUUAUUCAGCAAGAAGGAAAGUCUUUUAAGGGUAAGGAUUUUUUUAAAAAAAAUACAAAUACUGUAGAGAUCUUUUAUUAUCUUCUUG